AUGUUCAAGAACAUGUCCGCCCAACAAUGGAAGUGCGUCCAUGUCCGAGUUUGCGAGCGACUAAGCCGCGGGAAGAGGACCAGUCUGUAUCUCUCUGGAAUCCCAUUGAGGCCUGCGGCGGUGGAGAAAGCAAGAGCGCGGCACUGUCAUACAUCAGUUGUGGAGAAAUUCAAACCACCCACGCCAUCGUUACCUAGGGACUUUCCACUCAUAAUCCGAACUCCAUCGCCUAUCAAAGAGGCUCGAUAUUCCUGUACCAUACAGAAUCUGCCUUGGUUGCAGUGUCAGCAGCUCUUGAGCGGUAUGUUCGCGUUAUAG